AUGGCUUGCUCUGGAGUCCAGAGUCAUGGGACUUGGCGGACGUCUAGGACCUGGCCCUGCACUACCCUAUUUUUUCUUCUCUUCAUUCCUGUUUUCUCUAAAGGGAUGAAUGUGACCCAGCCUCCAGUGGUGCUGGCUAGCAGCCGGGGUGUUGCCAGCUUCUCAUGUGAAUAUGAGUCUUCAGGCAAAGCUGACGAGGUCCGAGUGACAGUGCUGCGGGAGGCAGGCAGCCAGGUGACCGAAGUCUGUGCUGGGACCUACAUGGUGGAGGAUGAGCUAACCUUCCUGGAUGAUUCCACUUGCAUUGGCACCUCCAGAGGAAACAAAGUGAACCUCACCAUCCAAGGGCUGAGGGCCAUGGACACUGGGCUCUACGUCUGCAAAGUGGAGCUCAUGUACCCGCCGCCCUACUACGUGGGCAUUGGCAAUGGAACCCAGAUUUACGUCAUUGAUCCAGAACCAUGCCCGGAUUCUGAUUUUCUCCUCUGGAUCCUGGCAGCAGUUAGUUCAGGGUUGUUUUUCUACAGCUUCCUCAUCACAGCUGUUUCUUUGAGCAAAAUGCUAAAGAAAAGAAGCCCUCUUACUACAGGGGUCUAUGUGAAAAUGCCCCCAACAGAGCCAGAAUGUGAAAAGCAAUUUCAGCCUUAUUUUAUUCCCAUCAAUUGA